GAACUUAUUUCAUUCGCCGCAUGCCACCGAAUUAUUUCAUCUGGACUUUCAAGAAACUCGCUGCAUUUUCCUUCGCAAUUUCGAUAUUUUGCCCAUCCCCAUUCCACGUUCGUUUUCUUCCUAAACAAAUCGUACGGUGGCUUUUAUACCACGCUUUUAUACCAUCUGUGCUUUACCUGCGUCGCUGUCUCAUUUUCACCGUUGACGUUUCAAAAUACUUGAUUUGCUUUUUCAAGUAUACCGUUCAUAACAAUUGAAAAUCUGACCUUGCUUUCAGCUUUAAUUGAGAUAUCAGCAGAUAGCAUUCAAUAGCAAAUGCUUCUCUCCUACCUCAACUAGCAUGUGAACCUCGGCACUAAGCAGUUAACGAAAUAGCAUUGAUAGAAACGAAUCAACAGAAGAAAUUAAGUAAAUUAAGUUUUACACUACGAAGAAAAAGCAAAAAUGGAGGAAGUAGAUGGGAAUACAGUGAUUGCACGCGCUCUGAAACAACAGCUUCAAGACCAAAAAAACAUCCAUUUUUGCAAUGGUGUAUUGCAAAGCAGGAACCCAUUAUGCAAGCUUGGUCUCAAAGUUGUGAGAUACCUUUGCAGAGAAACGUUGCUUUCACCAUGUUACUGGGCGUUUCCCUCAUCCUAAACGUAAACAACAAUUAGCAACAUCCUCACAUACUACUGGCGUAGACUUUGUGUUCGGGAUAGUAGGCUACCCAGUAAUAGAACUAAGUAUGGCUAUGCAGAUGGCAGACAUUCACUACAUAGGAAUGAGAAACGAACAAGCAGCAUGUUAUGCAGCUCAGGCUAUGGGAUACCUCACGGGCAAGCCCGCUGCUUGCCUAGUGGUAUCUGGCCCUGGAUUGCUUCAUACGUUUGGAGGGCUCGCUAAUGCACAAAUCAACUGCUGGCCAGUACUGGUAAUUGGUGGAUCAGCUCCGCAAGAUCACGAAGGUAUUGGAGGAUUCCAAGAAUGUAACCAGGUAGAGUUAGCUAGGCCUUACUGCAAGUAUGCCGCAAGGCCACCAACUAUUCCACUUAUACCUAUGCACGUAGAAAAGGCAGUUCGUCUCACCAAAAAUGGCAGACCGGGAGCAGCUUACUUAGACUUUCCGGCAAACAUAUUGUCAGGAAGGGUUGAAGAAUCAUCAGUAUCGCCAUACUAUGGCCCGACACCGCCACCUUUGAUAUAUCCGAAUCCGAGCGACAUACAAACAGCUGUAGAUUUGAUUACACAAGCUUCAAGACCAUUAGUGAUCGUAGGUAAAGGAGCAGCGUAUGCUAGAGCAGAAGCUACAGUGCGAGACUUGAUAGAUUCGACAAAUCUACCAUUUUUGGCAACGCCAAUGGGCAAAGGAGUUGUACCGGAUGCGUCGCCUAAGUGUGUUCAACCUGCACGGUCAACUGCUCUUCAGAAAGCAGACGUCGUUCUGCUGCUGGGAGCUCGACUAAAUUGGAUCCUCCACUUUGGAAGGCCUCCUCGAUAUUCCCCAGAUGCAAAAGUAAUUCAGAUAGACCUGUCAGCUGAAGAAUUGAAUACUAGCGUCAAAUCAGCCGUUGCUAUACAGAGCGACCUCAGAGUGGCUGUUGAACAGAUCGUGGCAGGACUGAAGAAAAGGAAUUUCACGUAUAGCAGUCAGAACGAGUGGUGGCAGGUGUUGGAGAGGAAGUGUCAGGACAAUCGAAGAACUGUACAGGCUAUGGCUGCAGACGAAUCAGUUCCUCUAAAUUACUAUACAGUUUUCCACAACCUGUACCAACAUCUUCCCGACAACUGCAUCAUUGUGAGUGAAGGAGCAAAUACUAUGGAUAUUGGCAGAACUAUGCUCUUCAAUAACCAACCAAGAAACAGGCUUGAUGCGGGAACCUUUGGAACUAUGGGGGUUGGUCCAGGCUUUGCUAUUGCAGCUGCUCUUUACUGCAGACACCACGAACCUACGAAACGUGUCAUUUGCGUUGAAGGUGAUUCUGCAUUUGGCUUCUCAGGAAUGGAGAUAGAAACCAUGGUCAGAUACAAAUUGCCAAUUAUAAUAGUCGUUGUAAAUAAUUCUGGAAUUUACACCGGAAUGGAACCUGAAGCUUUCAAAAACUUGAGGGAUAGUACCGAACUAGAAGAUAUUGCAAAGAUGUAAGUUGUGUUCAAGAUGAUCACAGCGGUCUGCUUAAAGACCAUAUCGAAGAUUCCUUUUGUUAUUAAAUUGAAAUUUGACUGAGUAGUAUAGUAGUAUAUUUUGGUGUCAGGUGUGAGGUUGCAACAAAAAUAACUGAACUACAUUCAUUGGGUUAUGUAGAGCUAUUGGUAAAGACGACCAAACUUAGACAGAUUUGUACAAAUAAAUUAAAAUACCAAAAACGUUUUAUUAUAUUUCAGAACACCACCUUCGUGCCUGAGUAGCGCUACCCGCUACGAUAACAUGAUGAACCUUUUUGGCAAACCUGGUUUCUUUGUCAACACCAUACCAGAAUUGAAAUUAGCCAUAAAAAGUGCCUUGAAAAUUGAGGAUUCUCCAACCAUCAUCAACGUGAUAAUUAGUACAACUGCCGAUAGGAAACCACAGCAGUUCCAUUGGUUAUCAGAAUCAAAGUUGUAGAAGCUAUAUCUGUUAUAUAUAUAUAUAUAUAUAUAUAACUUGAGACGUGGUCAUUGCCGUCUAGACCAGUUAGGUGAAAAAUUAAAGCUUCCGCCUUUUGUUGGGUACUUCGACAAAAUUUAAGCAACGAGGACUCUUUAUAAUUUUUUUAUUCUCUCUAGCUUUUAAUGGUCUUUGCCAUCAUCAUCAGGAGCUGCAAUUACAUUGAUAACAGUAGCAACAAUGGUGUAAAAUAAAUUUAAAUUAACUUACAGUAGUAUGUGAGGAUGUUGCUAAUUGUUGUUUACGUUCAGGAUGAGGGAAACACCCAGUAAAUGAAAGCAUUACAUCGUGAAGCCACUUGAUGAUUGAUUUUCUAAAAAUUUUUAAUCAGUUUUUAACUUGUUCUUGUCAUACGGCUGUGUGUAUUUUAUAUAAUUUUGACCAUUGUACCAUUUAUCCAGCUUUCACCAUGUUACUGGGUGUUUCCCUCAUCCUGAACGUAAGCAACAAUUAGCAACAUCCUCACAUACUACUGUAAGUUAAUUUAAAUUCAUUUUACACUAUUGUUGCUACUGUUAUUAAUGUAAUUGCAGCUCCUGAUGAUGAUGGCAAAGACCAUUGAAAGCUAGAGAGAAUAAAAAAAGUAUAAAGAGUCCUCCUUGCUUAAAUUUUGUCGAAGUACCCAUCAAAAGGCGGAAGCUUUAAUUUUUCACCUAUAUAUAUAUAUAUAUAUAUAUAUAUAUAUAUAUAUAUAUAUAUAUAUAUAUAUAUAUAUAUAUGUAUAUUUGUUAAUACGUGAGAAUUUUGGUGAGAAAAAGCUUCUGCCUUUAUUGGGUACUUCGACUAAUUAGUGGAAAGUGUACUCUUGUAACUUUGUUCUGCAGCUUUCGAUAAGCUAUGUCAUCAUCAUCAGGAGCUACAAAACAUUUUAGAUAUAGCAAGCACGUGUGAAUAAUCGUUCUUUAAUCAGUUACAAAAGUGGGAGAAAUGUUGUUAACUAAGUUAAUAAUGACAUUCAGUAACCUGAUGAACACUGGAUCCACGGUAGCGGUAGUUAAAAUUUAUAAAACACACACUGCCACGUGUCAAAAAACACCACAACAGGUUAAAUAUUUUUCGACUGAUUUUUUUAAUUUCUUACAUCGUGAACAAUCUUGCUACUUUACAAAAUGGCGCACGAGGCAAAACCAUCGGAUGCAGAAAGAGCAUGAAGGUUGACAUCGGCUGACAGGUGCAAUAUCAGUGGCUGGAAAAUGUAUGUGUUAUAGAUUGUUGCCAACCUAAUUGAACAGGUGUCAUAUUUCGAAUCCACGCCAAAGCUAAGUGUUAAAAAUCAAAACCAGUUGAAAAAAACUUUUUUUUAAAUUAUAUUUUAAAAAUUUCAUUGGGGUCGAGAAAGUCAGAAUUUGGGAAAAACUGAAUAGAAUAAGCAAAUCAGGUUAGAUUUAUUUUUUACAAAAAAAAAGUUUUUUCAACUGCUUUUGAUUUUCAGCAUCGUGAAUCUUUCUUUGACAUGGAUUUGAAAUACGUCACCUGUUCAAUUAGGUUGGCAAUCUAGAACACACACCACACAUUUUCCAGCCACUGAUGUUUCUUUAUGUCUGCCGAUGUCAACUUAGAUGCUCUUUUUGCUUCCGAUGGUUUUGUCCUGUGCGCCAUUUUGUAAAGUAGCAAGAUAUCAAAAAAUUUAACAAUCAAUCCAAAAGUGUUUGUGCUGUUUUUUUUUUGUAUUUUAUAAAUUCUAACUACUGCUACCAUGGAUCCAGUUUUCAUCAGGUUACUAAGUGUCCUCAUUAACUUAGUUAAUAAGAUUUAGCAACAACCUCGCCUACUUUUGUAAGUAAUUUAAGAUCAAUUGUAGUUGCUAUUUUUAAAAUGUUUUGUAGCUCCUAAUGAUGAUGACACAAUUUAUCGAAAGCUGCAGGAGAAAGUUACACGAGUAGAAUAAUUAGUCGAAGUACCCAAUAAAGUCUGAAGUUUUUUUUCUCGCCUAUCUGAUAUCUGUUAUAGGUAUAUCUGUUAUAUGUAUAUCUGUUAAUUAUAGUCGUUAGUUAGGGUGGAGAUAAGGACCAGUUACGCUCAUCAAAUAUUGAGUGAUAGGACAUUUUCAUAUACUGUUUCAUUUGCAUUUUUCCCUAAAUCACGGAGUUAUUUAAAAGUAUAUCUAAAUACUUUGAGACCGUUUAGUGUACGUAUGUUUUUCUGUUAUUUGGACAAUGUUCCUUGAUCAAUGUAUUUAAAUAUAUUUUUGUCUCAUCAUC